AAAAAAACAAGAGAGAUGGUACAAAUAAGACCUGUCUGGUUUGAAAUUGGAAUUUUAAAUUUUUAUAACCAAAUAAUAAAUUUUAAAAAAUAAAAAAAACUCCUCGAGACGAACAUCUUCCCCACCUUCUUCUUCUUCAACUCAAAAACUUCUAUCUUUCUCUCUAGAUCAAAUAAAAAAAAACGUUUCUGAGUUCGUAUCUUAUGUUCUUGCUAUGAUUUUAUUGGUAGAUGUUCUAGGCUUUUAGCUUUCUCGAGGGGGUCCCAUUAGUGUGAUCUCCUCAGAUCUGAUUGGUCAGAUUCUAUUUGUUUCCUUUUGUUUUGGAGAUUUUUUUCCUCGUUGUUGUUUUAAGUUCAGACACGAGAGACCCAGAAACCUUCAAUCAAAAAUGUUGACACACGACAGAGAUGAAGAACUCUCUAUGUUCCUUGAGAUGCGUCGACGCGAGAAAGAACGUAGAGGAGAAUCUCUUUUAACAGGAUCUGAUAAUACUAGCAUCAACGGAGCGUUGACGUCUGCGCUCUCUAGUGAAACGGUAUCGUCUCAACGUUAUCCUCUCCGGAGAACAGCCGCUGAGAACUUCUUGUAUUCAGAGAAUGAGAAAUCUGAUUACGAUUGGCUGCUUACGCCUCCAGGCACGCCACAGUUUGAGAAAGAAUCACAUAGAAGCGUAAUGGAACAGAGUGAUGCUCCCAGUUCUCGUCCCACGGCUCUUAAAUCUCGGCUAGGGAACUGCCGUGAAGAUAAUCAGCCCCAAGUGGCAUCGUCCUCUGUAAGAAGACCGUCCUCAUCAGGUAGCUCAAGGUCCACGAGCAGACCUUCCACACCAACCAGAAGGUCUACAACUCCAACCACCACCACAACAAGGCCUGUGCUCACCAGAACUUCAACAAACUCUAGAUCCUCAACACCUACCUCACGUGCAACCUUAACUGCUGCACGUGCUAUUACCUCUACAACAGCUCCAGCUAGAACAGCUACUCCAACUCGGACCAAGACUCAACCUUCUAAAAAACCUCUAUCAAGACCUUCCACACCAACCCGCAGGUCUCCAACACCGACCGGUCCAUCAAUAGUUUCGAGUAAAGCUCCCUCUCGAGGGACUUCUCCAACUCCAACUCUGAAGUCAUCGAAGCCGCGGGAGAUGCCUGGUUUCUCUUUAGAAGCUCCACCGAAUCUAAGGACUUCUGUAUCAGAUAGACCAAUUUCAGCUACAAGAGGCAGACCUGGUGUAGCCUCAGCACCAGGCUCAAGAUCAAAUUCCAUAGAACGUGGCAACGGUCCCACCAGUGGUGGCGUUGGACAUGUAAGAAGGCAGUCUUGCUCCCCGUCAAGAGGCCGAGCUCCUAUUGGGAACACCAACGGGAGCCUCCUCCCAGGUGCACGUGGGCGAGGAAAGGUCAACAAUGGUGAUAGCCCAGUUGCUAUGGGUAAUAAAAUGGUUGAGAGAGUUGUGAACAUGAGGAAACUAGGUCCACCACGGCUAACAGAGAGCGGUGGUGGUCGAGGAACUGCUAAAUCUACCUCUGCUUUUAACAGCCUUGGCUAUGGGAGAAACCUUUCAAAGAGCUCAAUUGAUAUGGCCUUGAGACAUAUGGAUAUAAGACGAGGAGGUAUGACAGGGAAUCUCCGGCCGCUUGUGACGAAAGUUCCGGCAUCAUCAAUGUACAGCGUGAGAAGCCAGUCUAAUAGUGUCACCAACUCUCCGGUGGCUACGAGCAGUACUGUCAGCUCAUUUGAACCGACUUUGGACAACAUCAAUAUUUUGUGCUUAGAUGGGAACGAAGCUGAAAACGAUGAUCUUCUCAGCGAGAGAAGCUUUUCUUCUCCGCGAGAUCAGUUCCCUAAGUUCAUAUCUUGACUUAUAAAUACAAUAUAUCACAUGUUCUUGUUAUUGUUACCAUACUUGAACAACGUGUGUGUAAUCGAUUGUUCGUAAAGUCUAUGAAAACUAAGGUAUCAAAUGUC